AUGAAAAUUUUCAAUUUUCCCUGUUUGAUUCAACGAGAGAUUUUCGAACAACUCCAUCCAUCAGAACUACUAUUCCUUUCAUUCUGCUCAGCUAGAACUAAACAAUUGAUAAAAGGAGCCAGAAGUCAACAGUGUGAAAUAAUAUUUGAUGUACAAAGAAAAAACAAUAUAAUGUUUCAUAUUCAUAACGGAAAACCAAAUAGCAAAUGCUCUGUGCUCAACAUUUUGAACGAACCAUUUUUCCCAAGAAAAGGUGAUUUGAAUAUUAUAAAAUUGCCAAAUAACUUGGGAAUAUACUGCAAAGGUUCUUGGGAGUCUGAACACUUGACUGAUUAUGAUGAGAUACGAAUUCAACUGCAAACUUCCUUGAAACCGAAUAUGAUCAAGAAGAGUAAAUUAACUGGAGAAAUUCCUCCUUUGUUUUUUACCGAUCACUCGGAUCAGGAACUAUGUAUUGCUGAAAAUCUUUAUCGUCGUAAUGCAAUGAGUGGUGAUGAUCCAAUACUCAGUAUAAAUAAUAUUUAUGUGAAAAACAUUUGUUGUCGAGUACAACGAAUGCUACUCUUUUUCAAAGGAGAACAUGCAUUCUUGGAAACUGACAUGUACGAUCCUUUCAUGAUCAACAUGUUCCUGAAAUUUUGGGCGGAAAAAACUGAUGACAAGUUGCAAUCAAUGAUAGUUUACAUGUCAAAUCAAAAAGAUUGGGAACUCAACAUUUUUUCGAAUAUGGAAAAGGUGUCCUUGAAGAGGGAUAGUAUCUACCCUUAUAAUUCUUUAAUCAAAGAACACUAUGAAUUCUCCGCCGACACAUUCGACUGUUCCACUGGAUUUGAAGUUAAGAGGGCUGAUGGAAGAAUUGGCACAGUCAAAAAGACGACAAACUAUUUCAUGUUUUUCGUAUGGAAUGAUUAA